AUGGAGAAGGCACUGGAGCGAUAUAGAGUCACGCACCGCUUUUCUACCGCGUAUCAUCCGCAGACGAGCGGUCAAGUGGAGAACGUGAAUCGAGGAGUGAAGAGGAUUUUAGAGAAAACAGUCGGCAAGAGUCGGAAGGAUUGGUCCGACAAGUUAGAUGAUGUGUUAUGGGCAUUCCGCACCGCCUACAAAACGCCGCUAGAUUUGACCGAGGCCGCUAGGAGAAGAUACUUCCAAAUUCAUGAAUUGGAAGCCCUUAGGGAUGCGGCGUACGAGCGUUCAUGGAGUAUUAAGGAGAAAACGAAGGCGUUGAAUGAUCGGAAGCUUAAGGGGUUGAAGGAGUUCAAGGUUGGUGAUAGGGUGCUCCUCUACAAUUCGAGGUUUAAAUUGUUUCCCGGGAAGUUGAAGUCGAAGUGGACGGGACCGUAUGUUGUGAAGGAAGUGUUUCCGCAUCGAGCUUUACAAUAA